AACUCUAUCCAAAUUCUCACCCCCCAAUUAUCCUCUCUCUCUCUCUCUCAACACUGUUGGCGUACAACAUGGCUUCGAUCCCGUUAUCCCAACGCUAUACCUCCUCUCUCCUCACCAAAUCCACCCAACCCCACCACCAAACAGGCACCAAACUCCAAUUCCACCGCACACCCAUCGUAAAAUGCACCGGCACCGCAUCCCAAUCACCCGCUUUUGAUUCCUCGUCGCUCACCACCAAUCACUCACCAGUAAUCAUACCAACAUCGGCGGAUACGACGUCGGUGAAUCAACGGCGGCCGGCGGAGGACAACAUACGGGACGAAGCCCGCCGCCACAGCUCUGCCCACAACUUCUCCGCAAGAUACGUCCCAUUCAUCUCCGACCCCAACAACGCACCACCCACAGACGAAUCCUACUCUCUCGACGAAAUUGUUUACCGGAGUCGCUCCGGCGGCCUCCUUGACGUCCUGCACGACAUGACGGCGUUAAAACAGUUUGACGGCAAGUACUGGAGAUCGCUGUUCGACUCGCGCGUGGGAAAGACCACGUGGCCUUACGGCUCCGGAGUGUGGUCGAAGAAGGAAUGGGUGUUGCCGGAAAUUGACAGCGAUGAUAUAGUGAGCGCGUUUGAAGGGAAUUCAAACUUGUUUUGGGCUGAGCGUUUUGGCAAAAAGUUCCUGGGCAUGAAUGAUUUGUGGGUUAAGCACUGCGGCAUUAGCCACACGGGCAGUUUCAAGGACCUAGGCAUGACUGUUCUAGUUAGCCAGGUGAACCGCCUUCGCAAGAUGAACCGUCCAGUGGUAGGCGUCGGCUGCGCUUCCACUGGAGACACCUCUGCCGCUCUCUCUGCCUACUGCGCGGCUGCUGGGAUCCCCUCCAUUGUGUUCCUCCCUGCUAAUCGGAUCUCCAUUGCACAAUUAGUCCAACCAAUCGCAAAUGGUGCUUUUGUUUUGAGUAUGGAUACAGAUUUCGACGGAUGCAUGAAACUGAUUCGAGAAGUCACAGCUGAACUUCCCAUUUAUCUAGCCAAUUCGCUCAACAGUCUACGACUCGAGGGACAGAAAACAGCGGCGAUCGAGAUUCUACAGCAAUUCGAUUGGGAAGUGCCGGAUUGGGUAAUUGUACCUGGGGGCAAUUUGGGCAACAUUUAUGCUUUUUACAAAGGGUUCCAAAUGUGUAAAGAACUAGGCCUGGUGGAUCGGAUUCCAAGGCUUGUCUGUGCACAAGCCGCGAAUGCUAAUCCACUUUACUUGUAUUACAAGUCGGGUUGGACUGAAUUCAACCCGGUGAAGGCAAACACCACAUUCGCCUCGGCUAUCCAGAUUGGAGAUCCUGUAUCUAUAGAUAGAGCAGUUUUUGCUCUGAAAAACUCGAAUGGAAUAGUUGAGGAAGCGACUGAGGAGGAAUUGAUGGACGCUAUGGCGUUGGCAGAUUCGACUGGCAUGUUCAUUUGUCCUCAUACUGGGGUUGCGCUCUCGGCAUUAAUGAAGCUGAGGGAGAGAGGGGUUAUAGGAAAGACAGACAGGACGGUGGUGGUGAGCACAGCGCAUGGGUUGAAGUUCACGCAGUCGAAGAUCAAUUACCACUCUAAGGGGAUCGAGGGUAUGGCGUGCCGGUAUGCAAAUCAGCCGGUGGAAGUUGAGGCGGAUUUUGGGGCGGUGAUGAAUGUUUUGAGCCAGUACUUGAACAAGGGUUCCAAGUCUUAGGAAGGGGUUAGCAAUGUUGGUUUCUUUCACUGGCAUUCUCCUUUUCAAGGGAUACCUUACUAGCUUGGGAUCUCUAAAAUUCCCCAAAAUACUGCCAUAUAACUGCCGGCUAAAUGUGCCGGAAUCCGUGGAAUUUGCAAAUUUCGGAGCUCAUCGUGCAACUGAAAGUAUAUUGGAAUAGACUAUGAAGGAACAUGAGUUUUGAUGUUCAGAUGUUUCGUGCCCAGUUCCAUUUCUAGCCUAAUAAAGAUGUUUUCUCAGCCACUGUAAUAUUUAGCAAAUUCCUUAAGGGCUCGUUUGUUUGCUCGGAAAUAAAAAAGAUUGGAAUAUAAAAUCCUCAGGAUAGGAUAUGGAUGGGACUUUAACUCCCCUUUGGGAUAUAGAAAUGGUGGAGAGAAAAUAAAUCCGAUGUUUGUUAA